AGCUGCAGCGGAGUAAAAACAAAUAACCAGCGUUUUUUUUAAUGUGUUUUCAGGCACGAAACAAGCGGAAUGGAGAGCUGGCAGCGCUGAAAGUCAUCAAGAUGGAGCCGGAGGACGACUUUUCCAUCAUCGAGCAGGAGAUCGUCAUCGUGAAAAGCUGCAAACAUCCCAACAUCGUGGCGUACUACGGCAGCUACAUACGGGCCAAUAAACUGUGGAUCUGUAUGGAGUUCUGUGGAGGAGGAUCCCUGCAGGACGUCUACCACGUGACCGGGCCGCUGUCGGAGCCGCAGAUCGCCUACAUCUGCAGGGAGAUGCUGCAGGGCCUCGACUACCUUCACGGACAGAAGAAGAUCCACAGAGACAUCAAGGGCGCCAACAUCCUGCUCAACGACCAGGGCGAGGUCAAGCUGGCUGAUUUCGGCAUCUCGGCUCAGAUCACAGCGACCCUGGCUCGCAGGAUGUCCUUCAUCGGGACGCCGUAUUGGUGCUGUGCUUCUGUUUCCUGCAGAGUCUUGUUUCUCAUGUCCAAGAGCGGCUACCAGCCUCCGAAGCUGAAGGACAAAUCCAAAUGGUCGUCCAUGUUUUAUAACUUUGUGAAGGCGAUGCUGGUGAGGAACCCGAAGAAGAGACCCGGCGCCUCCAAGAUGCUCUCGCACAUGUUUCUGACCCAGCAGUGCCUGAACCAGGAACUGACCCUGGACCUGCUGGAGAAGUAUCGACACCCUGAGAAGCUGAAGAGCUGCCUGAUGGAGGACGAAGACAUGGAGGUGGCGGCUCCUGGAUCUUUAAGGAGGAUCCAGUCCAUCAACAAACACAACCGGGCAGAGAGGACCAACUCGGACAUAAGCUUGGAACAGAUCUACACCCAGAGGCCCCGGAAGACCGAAUCACCGAAUGUAACGUUACGACCGUCGACGGGAUGGAUCGGCAGCAGUACAGCGAGGGAGGAGGACUCAAACUCGGACGACGACGACUACGAUGACGUGGACAUCCCGACAAUGCAGGCCACAGGACUCAUAAUGCCGCAUGACGACACGCCGCCUCCGCUUCCUCCAAAGCCUAAAGCGAGGACCAGCUCAGAGGAGAGCGUGGCGUCGGAGGAGGAUCGAACCAGGAAGCCCAGCUCUCUGUGCGCCCCCACCCCCCUCAUCAGGACCUCCAGCGGGACCCACACCCGACCGACGCUUCAUCCACGACACUCCAGACACUCAGACCCUCCAUCCUUUCCUGUCCAUCUGAAUGACCACCAAGAACACCUCCAUCCUCCUGAGCUCCCUCCUAAAGGCAUCCGCAGACGGCGGCCCCCAUCGAAGGAUCCUGUUGAGUGCCUCAGCCCCGUCACCAAGAAACCUCCCGUCUACUUUAAAAAGAUCUUCCACGGCUGUCCUCUUAAAAUAAACUGCUCGGCGACCUGGGAGAACCCCUCCACCAAAGACCAGCACCUGAUCCUGGGAGCAGAAGAAGGCAUCUACAUCCUGAACCUCCACGGCUCCGAGGCCACCAUGGAGCUGUUGUAUCCGGGGAAGUGCACCUGGGUCUACACCAUUAAUAACGUCCUCAUGUCCGUUUCAGGUAAAUCGUCGCAGCUCCACUCCCACAUGUUGAAGGAGUUGUACGAACACGCUCGAAAAGAGAGGCUGGUGCCGCUACCGACCCACAGGCUGCUACCGAGAAAAAUGUCGGUGACGAGUAAAAUCCCCGACACCAAAGGCUGCAAGACCUGCACAGUAGCAGAUAAUCUGCAGCGAGGUGCGUUCCUGUGUUGUGCUCUGGAGUCCAGUGUGAUGCUGCUGCAGUGGUACGAGCCCAUGCACAAGUUCAUGCUCAUUAAGCAUUUCGACUUCCCGCUGCCCAGCCCUCUGCGGGUGUUUAAGAUGGUGGUGGUGCCCCAGCAGGAGUAUCCUCUGGUCUGCAUCGGCGUGUCCAGAGGCUCCAGCCCGAACCUGCCGGUCAUCGUAGAAUACAUCAACCUCAACUCCAACACGUCCUGGUUCACCAACUCCGGCCUCGAGAAACCUUGUCCGGAUGUCGUUCAAGUAAACCAGCUGGACAGCAGCUCCCUGCUCGUCCUCAUGGAAAGGUCGGUCCACAUCGUCGGCCUGGAGGGAGAAGUGAAGAGCAGCAGACCUCACGAGACCACCUUCUCCCACGAAGUCGAGUCUAUAGUGUACCUCGAGGACACGCUGCUGUCGGUUUGGCGUCACGGCUGGCAGAGGAGAGGGCUCGCUUCCUCCGAGGUGCUGGAGGAGAUCACCGACCACCGGAAGAUCUUCAGACUGGUGCAGUCAGACAGGAUGGUCGUCCUGGAAACGCAUCCUACCGAGGACCAGUCGGCUCCGUCCAACAUGUCCAGCCUGGCCGUCCUGGAGACGGCCGAGAACUACGUCAUGCUGCCCUGAGCUGAGCACCGUGGGACACUUCCACCAGGACGAGGACAGACUUCUAACAUUUGUCGCGGGAGCGUCGUCAUGGAGACGUCAGCCGUGAUGCUGGAGGAUUGUCGCGUUGCUGCCUUCGUCCCUCCGUCCGGGACAGCGCUCUUAUUUAUGCUACUUUGGUUUGUGGAGAACCCCGACAGCUGAGAACACAACUCCUCCAACACUAAGAGGAGCCUCUGCUGUCCGCCGCCUGCAGGGACUCGGCUUGAAACGGUGAAUCCUGCAGCCGCACCGACGCUCCGCUGUGUGUUUGUGACCUGAGCUUGUUUGUCAGUGUUGGAUCAGCGUUACACACGUUUUACUGCUGUUACACUGUAAUAAAGUGAAUUAACACAA